UGUAUAUAUUGGUGUGUCCCAACUUUCGCUGUCCGCGGAGUGAAUAGACAGUGAGACAUGGUGGGCGGGCAUCUUCACUCUUCCUCUUCAGGCUUUCUCUGCAGGUAUGGAGCAUUUUGAUGUGCCGAAAAUAUCAUGUUGCAGUGCUUAGAGGGAUUUAAGCAUUUAAUUGCUUCCCUACUGCGGUGUUGUGAUCUUGAUUUGUAUAAUCAAGCAAGAGGUCUUCAAGAUCCUGAAGUUCUUGCAAGGGAAACAGUGUUUAGUGUAUGUGAAAUCGAGGCACUAUACGAGCUGUUUAAGAAGAUCAGCAGCGCUGUGAUUGAUGACGGUCUGAUCAACAAGGAAGAGUUUCAAUUGGCUUUGUUCAAAACAAACAAAAAGGAAAGCUUAUUUGCUGAUCGGGUAUUUGACUUGUUUGACACAAAGCAUAACGGAAUACUUGGCUUUGAGGAGUUUGCUCGUGCUCUAUCUGUUUUUCACCCCAACGCACCUAUCGACGACAAGAUUGAGUUUUCUUUUCAGUUAUACGAUCUCAAGCAGCAGGGUUUCAUUGAGAGGCAGGAGGUGAAGCAAAUGGUAGUGGCCACACUUGCUGAAUCUGGUAUGAAUCUUUCGGAUGAUGUUAUAGAAAGUAUCAUUGACAAGACCUUUGAGGAAGCUGACACAAAACAUGAUGGAAAGAUUGACAAAGAAGAGUGGAGAAGCCUUGUUCUACGACACCCAUCCCUUUUGAAGAAUAUGACUCUUCAAUACCUCAAGGACAUCACCACCACAUUCCCAAGCUUUGUCUUUCAUUCUCAAGUUGACGACACCUGAAGUCCCAUACAUGAAAGUUGACUGGUUUUUGUUAAUAAUUGCAUCCCUAUUUCUAAAUGAUAUAGGCCCCUUGUGUGUCGUAAAGGGCCUAACAGGAAGUCUUCACUUUGUAAUGUUUGUUACUAUGGGUGGUGGGUGUGAUCAUUUAUGCCAAAGAACUAGACUCUUUCCCUUUUUAGUAGAUAAGGUUUCAUAGGUGUGAACUUGCAACUCACAUUGUUUGAAUUUUUUUGUGUUCAACUUAUCUACUGGAUGGGUAAACAUACUUGCUCUCUAUUUCUCUGGAUUGAAAGGAUUCAAUAUCCAAGGAAACCAAAGUCCUUCCUUGCUCUGGGAAUCCAUUUUUCCUGACAGUGUUGGUCUGUAGAAUUCCGGUGAGCCAUUGUUGAUAAACGAGGUGCAGAAUUCUGGUGAACCCCUGUUGAUAAACGAGGUGAAGCACCAUCCUAAAAGCUUGUAGGGUGGUUUGAUAAACAGGUUAUUUUCCUGCAGCAAUGUCGCCUGAUGGGUUAAGCUUAUUUUUCACAGGUUAGGAGAGCGCAGAUCUUACAGAUCUCAUGGUUAA